AGGCUGCAAAGCGAGAAAGGGUUGAGUAACGGCCUCGGGGGCGAAGCUAUUUCACACACCCCUCUCUCUGAAGUGGUGGGGUCUGCAGGGGAUAUCGGGAAAUUCCAUGUGCCUCUGUGCAGGGGUGAAGGCAGCUGCAUUCUACAGGCUGGGUGCCAUUUCUACUGGCUGCCAGUAUGCCUACCCUGGAACCUGAUCAACUGGCCAUCAGGGAAAUGAGAGAGGAUGAAGCACCGCUUGUCUUGGAGCUCCUGAAGGAUGGCUUCAAGGAUACAGAGAACCGCCUGAUCUUGUACGUGCUGACGCGGCCGUUGGCGUUGCUGCUGAUGGCGGUGGUGAGCAGCGGCCUCCGUUUCUUCCUGAACUCUUUUGUGGUGGCUCUGGUGCUGCCAGUGCUACUCACCGUAGUGGCUCUGAAGCUCCUGCUGUGGCGCUCGCCGGACUUGAAACACCUUCAUGCCUAUUACAGCGCGGGCCAGCGCGGGCUCUGGGUGGCCGUGUACGACGAGGACGACGUGUGCGGCUGUGUGGCCCUGGAGCCCCGCGGCGGGGAGCCCCGCGCAGCCGAGCUGAAACGCUUGGCCGUCAACCGUUGGUACCGGCGCUCCGGCGUGGGGCGUCGCCUCCUCAGCUUCCUGGAGGAGCGGGCCCGUGCACAGGGCUUCAAGUUCCUGGUGGCCCAGGUCUCGGUGGUCACCAAAGCAGCCAUGGAGCUCUUCGAGAGCGCUGGGUACAGCGUGAGCGGCGGGCACCGAUGGCUGGGCUACACUAUUCAGCAAGAGUUCAGCAAAGAGCUUUAGCGGCUGGGCCUGCUCGUUGCUAGCCGGUGACCCAAGGCAGGGAUAGCACAUGGCCUCUUGAGUAAUUUUGCUCCAGAACGGGGAAAGCACAGACUUCUAGGAACAGGCUGUGGUGAUCAAGUCACUUCCAGGCUCCAUACAGUCCUUGUCAACAAGGUGGCUUUCUCUGCCUGGGAAAUGGAAGAUUCUGCGAAUGUGAUUGCAGAGCAAAUCAGGGUGAACGGAUUUGUCUGUUAAGAGUCUACUCCCCUGUCUGUUACGUUAAUCAGACUCGAAGUCAUUUAGGGAUUUCAAUCCCAAUUUAUACACUUGCAGUUUGGGGAACAGGAACAACCAGUACCCAUUCCCCGUGUCCUGACUCGGGUCAGAUGAAGGCUGGGUAUAAUCUGUACUAGACACAUCCAGAUUUUACACCAAAGGUAACCUCAAAUUCUGUUGAUCUGAGCCAAUUAUGCAAAUCACGCCAAUUUGGAAUUAUUUGUUUAUUUAUACAUACAG